UUCGGUUUCCUUUCAGCUGUAGGAAGCCCAUCCCUCUGAUUAGACUGAGUGGACAGAACUAUUCUACUUCCUACAUAAACAAAGAACAGCUGAUGAGGAUUCAAGAGGGGCCUUAUGUAUGUGCAUGGAAGGAAACACUGGUGGAUUUUAUUUUAAAGAAAAGGGAACAGAAGACAUUUUAAUUGGAAUACAAUCAAUUCUCUACAGCUUGAAUGACAACAUAAAAGGAAAUAUUUGGUGUGGUUUAAAGAAAGUUUCCGUAGAAAAGUAUUUCACAGCUGACGGGUUUUAAAAGGGGAAAUGGACAUUGAUUUUGUCUCUGUCAGUGUAAACCGUUAUUCUGACACAACUGCCAUUGUUUUCACAGAAAAAGAAUGUUUUAUCUGUCGUGAAGCAGAGAAGAAAGGCCAAAAGGAAUUGCACAACUACUGUGAUUGCAUAGAUUUAGUGGCACAUCACCAGUGUUUGCUGACAUGGAUACAAAAGGGUUCUAGUAAUGAAGAUCGACAACGAUGCAGUGCAUGUACGGCUAAAUACCAUCUACAAGAGGGAACAAUUUGGAGAACUUUGCUCUUUCAGUGGAGAAGUUUCCUCACCUUCAUUGUAACGUUGGCAUCAACCAUCGCUAUUCCUUUUUUUAUAUACUACUUGAACACACUAAGAGAUCCACCUCCUAAUCAGCUGUUUAAAGUUGUGGCAGUAUGUUCUGGUGUUAUUGCUGAAACCCUACUAGUCAAGUGUCUUACGUGGUACUGCAAUAACCAGUACGUAAAAGCCAGAUUAUCUUCAUUUUCGAUCAAAGCCAGAUCUCUGGAGGAGCGAGGAAGAAUUGGGCUGCAGAGUCCGAUGGCUCCGAAUUCCUUAACAAUUGUGGAGACAGAGAAGCAGACAGCAGUUACACCAAAAGACACCCUCAGCCUCAAGCUGUCUGUAUGACUGGAGGAGAGUCAGGACUGAACCCAAGGAAAGCCCAAAGGCAGAGGGGAAAACAGAUUGAUUUUCAGUGAGUCAUUUAGCUUCUGGAUUGGAUGCAGCUCUCCCCUGCUGGCAAUUUGGCUUGGUAUAAAUAGGACACACACUGACUGAGUAGCUUAAAAUAAUUAUAUGUAGAAAUCCCCAAAACGGCUCACCAUCCAAAUAUUUCCUUUUGUGUGAAUAUAGACUGAACAAAUUACAUUUACAUUAUUAAAUAUGAAAUCAUUGGAUUUACCUCAAUUUCGCAUUAAGCAGGAAACUGGACACCAUUCAAAUCUACUGCCACUAAUGGGUCUGUGCUCGCUGUGUCAGUUGCGAGUGGGUGUUAGUACAAUAUCCAUUUGUCUGCACAGAAAUGUGAUGGGAUCAUGUCUAUAUAUUGAGAACACAAAGCCACAAUCUACAGGACUUCAAAUAUAUAUUUAGCAUCCACCCAUAUGCUGUAUUAGGAAAAGAAAAAUAAAUGAAUUGAAGGUUAUAAAAGCAAUGUUACUUUCUGCACUGAAUAUACACUUUAUUUUACAUGUAUGGCAACAACGUAAUUGCAAAGUAUCUCUGACUUUUUGAUAAGCUUGACAAAAAUCAAGGACAACAAAAUAAGCUUUGUAAAUAGCAUGUAAUACUUUGUAAGUAAAGUGUUCAUUGUGCCAAAUAAGAUAUAUUCAAUCUUGUGUGUUCCUAUGUUGGUCUCUUUACAAUUAUUGACAGCUGGCAAGUGUUUUGCAUAGACAAAACAUUUCAACUGUGUUUAAUUCCAAAAACUACAUUUCAGUUCUUCCUAUUGAGCACAAUAAUUACUUCAAGAACCUGCACGAGGAAACAUGACCAGUAAUGGUAUUUACAUAGUUAGUAAAAUUUCUGUAUUUAAAAAAAAAA